UUCCAACCGAGGCUUAGAUAUCUAGACCUAGAGUGGUGAAGGUUUAGUUUACGAGUGUGUCCAAAGUCUAGCACACAACAGCAGCAGCAAUAGCGGCAUCCAUUGUGGCUGCUGCUGACGCACGCGAUGCGUAAAAAACAGAAGCUCCUUCCGGGGCUGGCAGAUUUUAUCGUACUGGUCCUGUUCGCCCGGAUCGCGCUCGUCUUCGGCCAAACGUCCUGCAGCAACGGCCAGGGUCGCAUCCUGUACGAACGGCUACCGAAUCAGCAACUGCAGGGCUUCGACGAUGACGUCGUGCGUGACUCGGCGCCCCCUUUUCGGGUACUGGAAAAGUGCCAGGACCUGUGUCUGCGCGAUCGCACCGCAUCGAACAACUUGGGCCGGGCUUGUACGAGCUUCGACUUCCAGCCGGGAAGCCGGAUCGCUUCGUUCAGCGGAAGCGUCGAGUACGAGGAGUCGACUUGCUAUUUGACCCGCGAGCAGGCCGCUCCCGAGGGUAUCGGUAAUCUGAUGCUUGUACCGAACAGUGUCCACUUCACGGAGGUGUGCAUUACCUCUAGCCGACCGGAUCGGGAGUGUCCUAGCCGGCGGUACGUGUUCGAGCGGCAUCCGCGCAAGAAGCUGAAGCUACCGGUGUCCGACAUCAAGGAGGUGACGGCCGCCAACCGUUCCGACUGCGAGGACAAGUGUCUGAACGAGUUCUCGUUCGUCUGCCGCUCGGCCAACUACGAUUCGACGUUACGCAGCUGCGCCAUGAGCCGGUUCACGCGCCGUACCCAUCCGGAACUGCUGGAAGACGAUCCGAACUCGGACUACCUGGAGAACACCUGCCUGAACGCGGAACGUCGCUGCGAUGGGCUGAUCGUGUACGUAAAGGAGGAGAACAAACGUCUCGGUGGUCCGUUCGAGGUGGAAAUCUUCAAUAACAUGACGCUCGAGGAAUGCCAAUCGCUGUGCCUGCGGGCGGAGAAGUACUUCUGCCGCUCGAUCGAGUUCGACGAUCAGACCAAGCAGUGCAUCCUGUCGGAGGAGGACUCGGUAUCGCAGAAGGACGAUCUGAGUAUCAGCUCGAGCCCGACGCAUCACUUCUACGAUCUCGUCUGCCUAGAUAACCCUUCUAUCCCUUUCAAUCCGUCCACCAAACCGCCCCCUGCCGGUCCGGUCGAUCCGGCCAUGCGCCGCUCGCGCCGCAUCUCGCACCCCGCAGAGCGUGGUAACGAAUAUCCGGAGAAUGCGGCCACGGCGCACCUGUUUGCGAGUGGCCGCCGGCCCGAUACCGCCUUCCAGCGGUACCGGAACUCGCGCCUGGGUGGCGAGUUUCACUCCGAGAUCACUGGCCGAUCGCUGAGCGAGUGUCUGGACGAGUGUCUCCGGCAGACGAGCUUUCAGUGCCGGUCGGCCGUCUAUAGCGAUCGGUUUCGCACCUGUCGUCUCAGCCGCUACAACCAGCGGGACGGAAUGCGCAUCAUCUACGAUGCCGACUACGAUUACUAUGAGAAUCUGAUGCCGCACCUAGUCGGGGGCGAUACGGACACCACCAAUGGACGACCGGAUCCGACCGAUUGGCGACCACCGUAUGGUGGCGGCGGCAGCGGCGGUCCUGGAGGAAGUGGUAAGUUAAGGAGAUCUCCAGGAAAACUCCGAACAACUCAUUUAAGCCGGGCGACCGUCGUUUCAUCUGCAGAUCGUGAUCGGGAUCGUGUGCCGGAUGAUCGGCUUCCACCGGGGCGCUAUCCACCACCGGGCGAUCGGUAUCCGAUGGGACCACGGCCUGACUUUGGAGGUGAACCGUACCCCGGUGGCUAUCCACCGACGGAUCGCUAUCCCGGCUCGACGGAUCGAUACCCGAGCGAUCGGUAUCCGUCGGGUGGUGGGGACUACGAUACACGCUAUCCGCCCGUCUACGAUAAUCGGUAUCCGGGUGAUCGGUACGGGCCAACGGAUCGCUAUCCGGAACGCUACCCGGACCGUGAACCCGAUCCCAUGUACAUGCCCCAUGGUGGUGGUGGUGCUGGUGGUCCGGCCAUGCGCUAUCCUCCGCCUCCCGAUUCCCGCUAUCCCAUGCCCGGUGACUCCCGGUAUCCGAUGGCACCGGGACCGGACUCACGGUAUCCCAUGGACCGUUAUCCACCUCCCGAUUCUCGCUAUCCAAGCGAUUCCCGGUAUCCUCCUCCAACACAACCGGAACAGGGCGGACGGUAUCCUCCCGGGCCGGCCGGUCCUCUCGGUCCGGAUUCUCGCUAUCCACCACCACCACCACCGCUCGGUCGUCCGGGUGAUUCACGGUAUCCGAUAAUGGCACCACCGUCGGCCACACGCUAUCCACCGCAGGCUCAGUAUGGACCGCAUAUGUACGGUUCCGCGCUGUAUCCGGUUUCCCCGUCCCGUACACCACCGAACCGUGGCUAUCCGCCACCCGUCGAUCCGUAUCCGGCCCCGGUACGACCGAUCGACAGCAAUCGGUACCCGCUGGAACCGACUGCGGCCCAGGGACGCUAUCCGCCACCGUCAACACCGAACAUGAAUCCACUCUACAAACAUAUGGGUCGUCCGCCGGGUCCUUACGAUCCCUACAUGCCACCGGGUUAUGGACCGGAACGGGGCUACGUAGACGAUCGGUACGGUGGCUACUACCCUAGCGGUGGCGGUGGACGUCUACCGCCACUACCACCACCGAUGCCCGCGUUCCCGGAUCGCGAUCGGGGUUACCGUAGGCCCGGUGUUCCCGGUAUGCCACCGGCGGACGGUAUGGGUGGGUAUCCGUUCGAGGUCCCGUACGGACCACCGUCCGGUACCGGUUACGACAAUACGCUCGGUGGUGGCGAUGGAUUCGGUGGCUACGGUCCGCAACGUCCGUACGAGACGCGCUGCGACAACGCGGACGUGUUCAAACAGGUUGCGUCGAAGCGCAAGAUGCGCAAACAGUUCAUCCGGCGCGUCAUCAAUGCACCAUCGCUCGGUAUCUGCCAGCAGGAGUGCGCCUCGGCACGGGACUUUAUGUGCCGUAGCUUCAACUACCGGGACGGGGGUACACCGUACGAGACGGAGGGUAACUGUGAGCUGAGCGAUCGGGAUUCGCGGGACCUGGACGUACCGAGCACGCAGAUGUUCGAGAGCGAUACGGCGGAUUACUACGAGCGUACGCCCGGUGGCCGCGGUGGACCGCACGAGGAGUGUCUCGAUGUUGGCCAAGUUUGUAACGAGGAUGGCAUGGAAUUUACGCUGCGAACACCGGAAGGCUUCGUGGGACGUAUCUACGCGUACGGGUUCUACGAUCGGUGCUUCUUCCGCGGUAACGGUGGCACGGUGAACGUACUGAGGAUCAGUGGACCCCAAGGAUAUCCGGAGUGUGGCACACAGCGCUACGGCGAUACGAUGACCAACAUCAUCGUGGUGCAGUUCUCGGACAACGUGCAGACGGGGCGCGACAAGCGCUUCAACCUGACCUGUAUGUUCCGUGGACCGGGCGAAGCGGUCGUAACGUCCGGUUACAUCGGCGCAGGAUCGGGUAGCCCCAUACCGAUCGAGUAUCUACCGGCGGAGAACUCGAUGAGCAACAAGGUGCGUCUGAUGAUUCUGUAUCAGGGCCGGCCGACCACUACGAUUGCCGUCGGUGAUCCGCUAACGUUCCGGCUGGAGUCGCAGGACGGUUACAGCCACGCGACGGACAUCUUUGCGACGAACGUUGUGGCACGCGAUCCUUAUUCGGGACGCAGUGUACAGCUGAUCGAUAACUAUGGCUGUCCGGUGGAUAGUUUGGUGUUCCCGGAGCUCGGCAGAUCGCGCGAUAAUGACGCACUGGAGGCACGGUUCAAUGCGUUCAAAAUACCGGAAUCGAACUUCCUCGUGUUUGAGGCAACCGUCAGGACGUGUCGCGGUGGCUGCCAACCGGCUUACUGUCCGGGACCGAGCGGUCGUUCCGAGCCAUCGUUCGGUCGACGCAAGCGCUCCGCCUCCGAGAAUGGUACGGAGUUUGCUGGAACCGCGGAACCACUGGUAGGCGCCGAAGGUACCCAGGUAGGGGACAACGAUUUCGACGUUGAGGAUCAACACCUGGCCGAAGAUGAAGUGCUCGUCGUGAACGGUACGAUGGUAAACGGUAGUGCUCCGGUCAAGACGAAGGAUGCGCCCGGUGAGGGGCAGACCGCUGCCGCCGUCGAGACGGCCAGCACGACGACCGGCGAGAUGCCGGAGCAAGUGCGCGAGAUGAUUGAGGUGUUUCAAUCGCGCGAAGAGAUGCAACAGGACACGGUCGCCCGGAAGAUGGUGGCCCCGAUCGAAUCCGUCUGCCUGACGCACGCCGAGUACUACGGGCUGAUCAGUGCGGUCAUCCUGCUGGUCAUCCUGCUGAUCAGCAUCACGUUUGCGGCGGGCAUCGGCUACCGUAGCUACUGGCGGGUCUUUAUGAAGAACCGUACGCUCGAUCGCCAUUCGCCGGUCAAUUCGUUCAGCCCAUCGGCCCUGCAUACCACCACCUCCGGCAGCCAGUUUGAACCGGGGACCGGGCGUGCUCACUCAUCAACGACGGGCCGGCGACCACCGGUACGCACCCCCGGUGGGGUGUCACUGUUUGGCAAUGGUCUGCAGAAAACGUUCGCCACUGGUAAUCUGUCGCGCAUGUGCCAGAUACCGGUGAUGAACCCGCUGUCGAGGAAUGGAGCGGCCAAAAGCGAUUUCGAUGAUCCCAGCGAACCGAUCUACACCGAUCCAUCCCUGUUUGAGCGAUCCAGGUCACUGCGUAGUAUAGCUGUCGAUCAAACGGAAGAUGCCAACAACGUUUAAGCAGGAAAUCAGGAUCCAAUCGAUCGCGUUUAACUUAUGCCACUCUAUGAAACGAUGAAGAGAAACGAGAAGAACAUGAGUUUGCACAACGUGCUUAACACUCAAACAAAGGGUUGCAUUUAUGCAUUUCUACGAGCAGCUGUUUUGGAAAGCGAAUUGCAUUCGAUCUUUUCUAUCGGCAUUUAAUUUGCAUAUUUAUUUUGAGUAAAGCAUUCAUACAAACGUAACAGGGAUUCCACCAGGGGCGAGGAGUAAAGACAGUGAGUGAGCCAUUACAAGAAAAUGGCGCCUGUACCUUUGAACCACAGUAAUUGUCCUCCGUGGCAAGCCUCAAAAACCCACCUUUCCAUCACAACCAACUGUACCGUUUUUCAGUGCAAACAGUAAAUCAGCUAAUAGAACCAAACGAGAGCAUAUAAUGUUAAGUACUGUGAUGGAUGUCCGAGAAUGAUUCGAUGGAUCAUCGAUUCUACUGCUCGUUCCAGCAGACUAUAGAGAGCAGCUCGCGUAGGACCGAUUCGACCGUGAAGUAGGAGUAAGGACGAAAUGAGCACGACGAGGAAAGUGCGUGCAGGUAGAUGUAGGAUUUUUUUUAAAGAAAGAAAAUUACUAAUAUACUUAUGCUAACAUGUCUCUACUGGAGGGAUAGCGUAUACAGAACAAAAGAAUCCGGCGUUCCUCUUGAUCCCGAUCCCCGAUGCUGAUGUCCGUGUAUGAUAGGUGAACGUGGACGUGGGCUUGAGUGUCGCUUCUAUUUAUUCGAUUUAUGAUUUAUUCAUUUUCCCGCUUUUCUCGCUAGACUUAAGCAACGAGGUUCUCCAGGCCAGAGAACGAGUAACAUACAGAGUACGUAAGCUUACAAG